UUUGAGCAGACGCAAAAGCUUUGCGCAUCCUUCCUUGAAAAGCCAGCAAAAAAGGCAUUCUCUCCACAUCCAAAUUCCAUACACCUUACUUUGAGUUUAGUUUUGGGGUCUGCCAUGGCGCAAGGCAACGACAACCACGCUCCGCCGGCGACCAGCUCCGACUCCAUGAGUUCCGGCAAGGGCGGCAGCCGGCUGGUCCUCGGCGGCGCUAUGGACAAGGGGAAGGGCGUCCCCAAGGUUGAAGAAGAAGAGGGUUGUAGAUCUAAGGGUAAGAUCAUGACAGCACCGGUCGUAGGUGCUCGCAGUCGCAGGGAUGGAAGAUCACGCGGCCGCCGCGGCGACAGAGAGCUGCACAUAAUCACGGAGCGCGAGAGGCGGAGGCGGAUGAGCGAGAUGUUCACCAAGCUGCACGGCCUCCUCCCCACCCUCCCUGACAAGGUUGACAAGUCGAGUAUAGUGAUGGAAGCCAUACACUACAUCAAGAGCCUGGAGGGGACGCUGAGCGAGCUGGAGAGGCACAAGCUGGAGAGGGACCUCGCACGAGGGAAGCCAGCGGCCGCGGCCAAUGGCGGGGUCGCCUGUUCAGCUGUGGCGGCCGCGCCUAUGGCCAUGGCGUCGCCGGUGACUGGGCUGUCGGGUUGUGGGAUCUGGCAGACAGGGGCGACGCCAGCGCCGUCCAUGGCUCUGGGCGCGGUGACCGCGGCACCGGCACCCGUGGCGCUCCAGACGUGGUCAGGGCCGAACGUCGUCCUCAGCCUGUCCGGCAACAACGCGUACAUCCACAUGUCGGUGGCGCGGCGUUCGGGCGUGCUCACCAUGGUGAUGGCCGUGCUGGAGAAGCACGGCAUCGACGUGAUCACGUCGGGGAUCUCGUCUGACCGUUCCCAGUCCAUGUUCACCAUCCAAGCUCGCAUAAAUGGAGGGAGCAACCAGUUCGGAGAUCAUGUGGCGUGUGAUGAGAUAUACAAGCUGGCAGUGUCGGAGAUAAUGGUUUGGCUCUCUGAAUAAGAUGGAAUCUCUGCAAACCUUUGAUGGACGUAGUAGAAGUUGUUGGUUAUUUACAGUUGAGGCUUUCAUGUCGAGUCAAACUAAACCUCUGAGUCAUGUGGUGUUAUCACAUAAGUAGACAAUGUGUCUGCGUUGUUGUUUCGUACACUGCUUUAGCAUUUCAAUUCAGGAUUGUUGGUUUC